GGAAAGGGAAGCAAUGGCAAUGAACUAAGGAAAUACUCGAAUAGCCCCCGGCGGAAUACUGUCCUGCUCCAGGAUGCACUGUUCGUAGUUCAUCCGUUUGUACCGGUUCUGCAUUUUAUAACCCAACACUCCAAGAUGCUCCCGGUGCUCUGCCUUUGUAGCCUUAACAUCUGUUCAGUGUAACCGUGGAAUAUUGCAACUCUGCCAGUUAAACAUUUGAACCACAGUCUGGUGGGCGUGUUUACCCCUCAGCUGUUGUAAACAGUGUGGCAACGUUGACCGAGGCUCGCGCGGAGCGGACCAGAGAUGGGUGUAUAAAUAUCUGCGGCUGCUUGUCUCGCUGUUCCACAACUGACAUAUGAACGCAUGGUCCUGUCACAGUCUCGCUGUGCUUCUUCUGUUCAAGCUCCGACCGUCUCUGAGGACACGACUACAGGUGCCUUCCACUGAAGUGAACCUAAAACACCCAAUCUACAGGAAGACACAUCUACUGUGGCGUAGGACACACCCACUUUGGGGGAGGACACACCCACUUUGGGGGAGGACACACCCACUUUGGAGGAAGACACACCCACUUUGUAGGAAGACACCCACUUUGGAGGAGGACACACCUACUUUGGAGGAGGACACAAGCUGUGAAGGACACCUGCAACGCUCUGAGAGACGGCAGUCUGAGGAGAGAAGGAGAGCAGUGGGAGGAGCCAGUGGGAGGAGCCAGUGGGAGGAGCCAGUGGGAGGAGCCAGGUUAUCUCUGAGGACUGUGAGACAUGAAGAUGUUUGUGCUGCUUCUGACUGUGCCGCUGCUGGGGCCCCUCGUCUUGGCAGCGUGUCCAGAUAAGGAGCCCGGCUUGCAGCCAUGGACACCCGGGCACAACCAGGACCACCGCGUUACCAUCGGUUACGGCAGGAAGGUCCUCCUGACAUCAUCAGCCACUGUGCACUCCAUAGAGAUACUCAACGGAGGUAAGCUGGUGAUUGCUGACUCCAAGAGACCAAUCCUGCUGCGCACCAAACACAUCUUGAUUGGUAACCGUGGAGAGCUGCACAUAGGAAGUCCUGAUUGCCCAUACAACGGCAACCUCACCAUCUCGUUAUUCGGAAGGUCCGAUGACAUUGACACGGAGCACAGCUACUUCGGCCGUAAGUACCUGGGCGUGGGGACGGGAGGAACCCUGGAGAUCCACGGGCAGAAGAAGCUCUCCUGGACCUUCCUCAACCAGACCCUCUGCCCUGGAGACACCAACCACACCACCUACCAGUUCCAGAGGGGAUGGGGGAACCGAGGCAUCAUCCUCCACGUCAUCGACCCCAACUCUGGGGAGGUGGUGCUCCAGGACCGGUUUGACACGUACCGCAGUAAGGAUGAGAGUCGGCGCUUGGUCCAGUGUGUGGAGGGUGUGGAGUCGGGGAAGAUCCUGGCCCUGGUGGUGAACGAUGAGGGCUCCAACAACCUGGAGGACACGGCCAAGAAGACCCUGAGCAGGCUGGGCAGCCAGCAGCUCCACCGGCUGGGCUUCCGCCAUGUGUGGAGUUUCAUAGUGGUGAAAGGUGACCCGUCCUCUGCUGUGGAGGACCAUGCCAUCUAUCAAGGGACCAAGGCAUCCUCAGAGGCCCGGAGCUCUCACAUCUUCCAAUCAGGAUACGGAGAACACUUCACCAUCACCACCACCAGCCAAUGGGUGCAAGAGGCGGAGUGGACUGAGUGGUUUGACAGAGAUGAUGAGAGAGGAUCUGGAGACUGGGAGAAGCUAACAGACCUGCAGAAAGCUCAUCCUGACCUGCUCUGCAGUAGCCCACUGGACAUGCAGGCAGAGACCCAUGAUGGGGUCCCUGCUAACCACGGGGAGGUGUUCCAAAGGAACGACAAAGACUCUGGCUUCGUCUGCCUCAACAAGGACCAGGCUCACGGCCUCUGUCGCAACUACAGGGUCCGCUUUCUCUGCGGCAAACUUGUGCGUCCCCACGCCUCCCUCUCCAUCGACACGCGUUCCAACGGCACGGUGCUGCAGCUAGCUGAGCGAGCCGAAGGCUGGCUGCCAGGAGACAGGGUGGUGGUGGCCAGCACAGACUACUCCAUGAACCAGGCUGAAGAGUUCACCCUGCUGCCCUGCCCUUCAUGCUCGCCCACGCAGGUCAAAGUUCAAGGUAAAGCUGAGUUCCUGCAUAUGGGGGAGGAGGUGGAUGGUGUGGAUAUGAGGGCUGAGGUGGGGCUCCUGACGAGGAACAUCCUGAUGCGAGGAGAGAUGGAGGCUGGCUGCUAUGGCAACGAAGCCUGCAAGUUCUUCUCCUUCGACACAUUUGGGGGCCACUUAAAGUCAGGCUGGAAGUCACAGUGCUCCAGCAGUCUGAGCAGCAAGAUGUCUCAAUACUGCACAUCUCAAGACUUCCCAAUCCGAGGCAUGCAGAUCUACGACGGGCCAAUCAAUGUGCAGAACUGUACGUUCAGGAAGUACGCGUCGCUGGAAGGGCGACACACCAGCGCCUUCGGCUUCCGACUCAACAACUCCUGGCAGAGCUGCCCCAACAACAACGUCACUGAUAUCACCUUCGACCAGGUUCCUAUCACGUCCAGGGUGUUCUUCGGUGAGCCUGGCCCCUGGUUCAGCCGCAUGCAGAUGGACGGAGAUAAGACCACCAUCUUCCACGACGUGGAUGGCUCGGUCAGCGAGUAUCCAGGGGCCUUCCUGGUCAAGCAGGACAACUGGCUGCUGCGUCACCCUGACUGCAUCGACGUGCCCGACUGGAGGGCUGCCAUCUGCAGCGGGCACUACGCCCAGAUCUACAUCCAGACCCGUAACCCGGCCAGUGUGAACAUGCAGAUGGUGAAGGACGAGUACCCCGACCGCCCUCUGGCUCUGGAGGGAGCUCUGGGGAAGAGGAAGCACUUCCAGCAGUUCCAGCCGGUGGUCACCCUGGCCAAGGGCUACACGGUGCACUGGGACCAGGCGGCUCCGGCCGAGGUCAUCGUCUGGCUCAUCAACUUCAACAAGAAUGACUGGAUCAACGUGGGCUUCUGUUACCCCCCAGGAUCCACCUUCACCGUCAUCUCCGACAUCCACAACCGCCUGACCAAACAGACACGCAAGACGGGCGUGUUUGUGAGGACCAUGCAGAGAGAGAAGGUCGACCACUCUCACCUCGCCAGAGGGUACUUCUACUGGGAGGAAGACACUGGCCUGCUGUUCCUGAGGGUGAAGGCCCACAACCAGAAGGAGACGUACGCGUUCUGCUCAGAGAAGGGCUGUGAGAGGGUGAAGAUCACAGCUGUGGUCCCCCGAGGCAGCGGACCCAGCGACUGCCUGGCACGCGCCUACCCUCGCCACGCCGAGAUGCCCAUCGUGGACGUGCCCAUGCCCAGGAAACUGCCCAACAGCAAACUACACACACCCGAGCACUUCCUGGAGGUGAAACUGGAGUCCUACAACACUCGCUUCUUCCACAUCAAGGAGGACUUUGCCUACACUGAGGUGAAUGGCAGGAAGCUCUACCAACCAGACGACGGCGUGCAGUUGACUGUGAUCGAUGGGCAUGAUGGGAAGUUGGUGGAAAGUAAAGGCUUCAGGAACGCCAUCCUGCAGGGGAUCCCAGCUCAGAUAGACAGCUACAUCUCUGGGCUCCCAGACAGCUCGAUCGUCAUAAUCACCUCCAAGGGUCGCCUGGUGACCAGGGGACCCUGGACUAAGGUCUUGGAGAGACUUGGACUGGACAAGAACAUCAAGCUUAAAGAUAAGCUGGCGUUUGUGGGCUUCAAGGGCUCCUUCCAUGCUGACUGGGUGCGUAUGGAGGUGGACGAGGAGCGAGCGAAGAUCCACCAGGUCCUGCCCAUCCCUGUGGUCAGGAGGAUGAAGCUAUGCCUCCAGAACACACACAUACACACACUGCCAGAACUGUGGAGGAAGGAGUAGCCCCUAACAUCUGUUCUAGGGUCAGAUAUUCUGGUGUUUGUCAUGUUGGAGGUAAGGUUUGGCCAUGCAGUAGAUCUGAUCCUAGGUCUGCAUUUAGAGGUGGCUACCCGUUGCCAGCACUGCACUGAUGAAGUGUGUCUGUAUGAGGGGCCCUGGGGCAGAGAUACAGGAAGACUGCAGGUGUAUGUGUAUGUGACAAUGUGGACGUGAUUCAACUGUACCGUUUGUGUGACUUGACUUUUUUUAAAUGACGAAAAGAGAAAUUACCGAAGCUAAGAAGCAUUCCUUGUUCUGCGUCCAUCUGCCCGUGUUGUUGCCUGUUUCAGCUUCCUGCAAGGGGAGGCUCCUCUGCCAAUCUUCUCCCAUUUGAUGUUGUGAUGUUUUCGUUUGAUAUAACUGUUUCAUCAUUGUUUGUGGUCCCUCUGUAUGUUUCAACUGUACCUGCGAAAAAAACAAAUUCUGAAAAAGUGUCCCAGCUAUGUGUAAAAUGAACUAUUAGGCCAUGUGUUAUGUGCAAUCUUUUUUUCCUACAAUACCCCCUAAAAUAAGUAUAGAUAAACAUUGUACCAAGCUUGUAAUUGGUCAUUGAGAAAUCUGGAUUUAAUUUUUUUUCUUUCCCCAAAUCUGGCAAGAAUCAGGAAACUUUCCUUCGCCGAAAUAGCUGGUCUUUUUUCGGAGGUUGUAGUUGUUGUUUUGUAUGUUUUGUGUGUUUUUAUGAUCCCUCAGAUUGAUAACAGAGAUAUAUUUUAUACCUAUUUAUUGUACAGACACGAUUGAACAAAUCUAGAAGGGACAUCUUUUGAGUUGUAACGUAUGACUGUCCUACAGUGUAAGAAACAAAUAUAACAUUUAAUGUAGACUCAUGAACGCGCCAUCCAUGGUAGUAGAUCAGCUGUUUUAAUCGUUACUGGAUGUGAUGUAGCUUGCUAGCUUGUAAAGUGAUGAAUUCCCAUGAUUUUGAAUUUGAAGACUUUUUGUACAGAAAUAAAUGAAUAAUGAAUAACUGAAUUUUUCACUCU